AUGGUCAGGACCUCGUACGCUCCCUCCGCCUUUUCCGAGACCUCGACCGUGUGCUCCUUUGAGAAAGAACAUGAAGUGACCUCCGUGUCGGCCGCCGCGGCACCGAAAGAACGCCGCUCCAUGAGGCAGCGGGUCAAGAGGGCCCUCCGUGACGUCGGCCACCCGCCCACCUACCGCUACGACCUCGAGCACGGCGUCGAGACCCGGAGAACGGUUCCCGUCGGGCCCAUGGGCUACAACGUCCUUAAUCAGCCGUCACGCAUCUGA